AUGGGCACCCGCGACCCCCCGGUGGACUUCGAUCCCUGCCAUACCGGUCAGUAUCCUCAGUCAAUCAACCAGCACCGAUCCUCCGAAGCAGAUCAGCAGCACCAAAGUCCUGCAGCAGGUCAGCAGCACCAAACCCCAGCGGCAGGGCAGCACCAGCCAUCCCCUGCUGCAGGGGUCCAGCAUCAGCUGCCUGAAGACAGCCAAAAUCGCCAGCUGUCUGCACUAGAUCUUCUGCAACAGCCUCCUGCCGUAAGUCCCCGGCGCCAGGUUGCUCUCCUGGACGAGAAGGACAGGCCUCUAUCAGCAGGGUUCGAUUAUCACUCCUUCGGACUGAGACAGCAACAGGUCCCUGUAGUAGGACAUCAGCAGCAAUCUGUUGGACACCAGCAUCCAGCACGGGAUGCGACGGGACAACACCAUUAUCAGUUUACUGUAACUCAGCAUCACCAGCCUCCUUGUCCAGAGCAGCGCCAAACACUCGCGACAGGUCACCACCAACAGACCUUUGCUACAGGUCACUAUCAUCAACUCGCUGGAGCAGGACAGCAUUACUCCUCCACAGUUGGUCAGCAGUACCAAACAGCUGAAGCAGGACAACAACAGCCAUCAGUAGCAGGUCAGCAGCACCCUUCAUUUAAGGAAGGACAGCGCCAACCUCCCUCAGCGGGACAGCAGCACCUUCAGCCUGUGGCGUCGCAAGUCCCAUCGGCCGGAAUAGCUUCUCAGCAUCGACAACCUGCAGAAGGCCAUCACUAUCGACUUCCGGCACAAAGCCACUCACGUCUUCCUCCUGUCGUGGCUCAGCCUCACCGAGCUCCCGUAUUACGUCAUCAGCUUCCCGUAGGAGGCCAUCCGCAUCCCCCUUCUGCGGCAAGUUAUCCUCACCCUGUCGCCAUGCAGGGCCGCUUUCAGCAGACAGCCGCGGCCGCCUUUCAGUACUUGAGGCCGACAGCGACACCCCAGCCCCGCCCCUUGUCAGCACCACCUCAACAGCAUCCUCCGCCCUCAGGCUUUAAUCCCAACCCCAGUGCUAUGCUUCAACCUCAGCCAUUCUUCAGCCCCGUGAUGCCCCUGCCGACCCCGGGGAAGCCGUACCCGCGCGGAGAGCCCGUCUACAGGAGCCCCUCUCCGUACAGAAGUCCGGAUGCCACAGGGCUCUCGAAGGAGGGCCUCGCGGUAGGACGGAAUGGGACUCGCGGGACAGGCGGCGCCGCGACGUCCGUUUUUACAGGAACAUCACUGCUGCGAAUCGCACCCGAAGACGACACGCUGGGUCUGGGUCUAAUCAACCCGAACGAGCUGACGGCCGCCCACCUCCGCCCGCUGACGCCCGGCGACUCGCACCUCCAGGCUCCGUAUCGUCCCCCGGCCUCUGCCUCCGGCGUGUGUCAGCCUCCGCCUCCUCAUCCUCCAAGCUAUUCCUCCAACCAGCCUUCCCCGCUCGGAUACUCGCCCAGCCAGUAUCACCCUCCCUUGAGCUAUCCCUCGAGCCUAUCCCCUUUUCGCUUCAGCGCCACCCCGCCCCUGGACCCGCUGGCUAGCCCGAGGCCCGCGGACUCCGGCAGGCAGAAGGGCGCCCUGCUCAAGCCCACAGACUCGGCCAAGUACCGGGUCAUUCGUGAGCAGAACAACGCGGCCUCCCGCAGGUAUCGUGAGGCCCAGAGGGGGCAGAGGCACCUUCAGGAGGAAAACCUGACCAGGCUUCUGAAGGAGAACCAGGAACUCAGAGCUCGAGUCACGGACCUGGAGAAGCUGAGGAACGUCUUCAAAGACAUCCUCGAUUCCUUAUAA